CCCACUCUCUCUGCAACAUCGCAAGUUGUAUGCCAAGUACUACUUGACAAAUAGACAUACACGAGGAGUUUAAUUCCGUCUCACUGCCUCAAAGGAUGAUGCAGAUACUGCUCUGGCCCGGUGCAGGUUCGGCCCCCAACUCUGACUCCAUCCCGUUGGGGGUGUUCGUCAUGACAUGAAGAUGCAAUGCAGGUACCGUUCGUCAGACACGGAACAAGCUACUAUAUCUCUCAGAGCUGGUGUCCCGGCGAUUUCUUUGACAUGGGAAAUUUCUAACGGAGCAAUUACUCUACCCCGGGUCACCCAGACCAAUAAACCACUUCGGUCACGUUCUGGGUCACACCACUCCAAUAUACCGGCCCAGUAUUUCACUAUGUUCCCGCAGUUGGCAUCUGCUGAUGUUGCAGUGACAUCCCCAGGGUUCGGGGCCUUAACAAAAGCUCCACCCAACACAGCAGGAUCAACCCCUUGUGGCUAUGUCGUCCCCCCUCAAUUGUCAUACAGCUUCAAUUCUCUUAGGGGCUAUUUUAUUGUGAACUCGCUUGACAACAAGCUCUUGCGACAAACUGUCCUCCCCUUCGAUUGACACCCCAUUCCAAAUGGCCUAGCAACUUUUUCCUUCCAACUUAUUUUUUUGGGCUUUCCUGUUGGCACUUGCAGCAAGCAUUGCAGCUAUAAAUAUAGACCGUGGAAAGAACUGCUCGGCACUGAGGGACGAUGAGAGCGCCAUAGAGGCAUGGUAUGUGUACUAUGUCGUAUUGCACAUUGGAGCCGGCAUG